AUGGGCACUCCAUCCGAUAAUUCCCAAAAUCCGGCAGCCAAUUCACAACCAGCUGCUAAAGAUAAUCAUGAUUCCAAGCCUGAGGCUACAAGAGAGGACUCUCCAACUUCUGUAUUUGUAAACUCGGAACCGGUUCGGGAGGAUCAAGUCCAAAAUGCCGUGAAGUUUCUUUCACAUCCAAAUGUUAGGGGAUCUCCGGUCAUGUAUAGGCGUUCUUUUCUUGAGAGGAAGGGGCUCACGAAGGAGGAGAUAGAUGAAGCCUUUCAUCGAGUUCCGGAUCCCACUCCAAGUGUUUCUACUACACAGCCAAUAACUGCAAAUGAAGAUGAGAAAGUGAAAUCUUCAUCAACUACUCAACCGCUGACUGCAUCGCAAAAUCUGCAGCCUGUAUCCGCUCUACAGAGUAAUACUGUGAGAAAAAUGGAAUAUUUCUCUCAUUUCCAUUGGACUCAUGCAGUAAUGGCUGUAGGCAUACUGGCUGCUUCAGGAGCUGGUACAGCUUUACUUUUCAAGCAUACUGUUAUACCCCGGUUAAAGUCCUGGAUUCGCAAAGUUGUAAUGGAAGAAGAAGAUGAAGAAGGCAUUGUGAAGGGAAGACCAAGUUUAGCUGAAGAAGCUGUUGUUGCUGCAAAAGCAGCUGCAGCAGCAGCUGCUGAUGUGGCCUGUGCAAGCCAAGAGAUGCUGGCAUCAAAAACUGAAGAAAAAAGGAACUUUGAGGAGCUAGCAAACCUGUUAAACCACCAAGUACGAGAGAUGAAAUCAAUGAGUAGUGCCUUACAAAAGCUGGAAGGGAAAAGCAGUACUUCCGGAAGAAUACCUGCCAUGGAACGAGAUGAUCGAAGAAUUCCGGUUUCCCGUUCUAGGCAAUCCUAUUCAAAUGGAGAACUGGAUGUUGAUGCACGUUCAGUGAGAUCUUUGUCACCGCCUGCAUCUGUGGAACCAUCUGUUGCACCCCAUCCAAAAUCUUAUAUCGACAUCAUGGCUAUGAUUCAAAGAGGAGAAAAGCCGUCGAACAUCCGAGAUAUAAAUGACCAACAACCGAAUCCUAACCAUCCUAUACCUGAUUCUCAUGUUGGUCCAAAGCCUAAGCCUUGGGAAAUUGGCCAGAGUCAAAAAAGUUCAAGGAAUUUCCUUCAAUCCCGAGGGAGUGGCAAUGGCUUGACUUAUGGGUAUCAAGACAAUCUGACGAAUGGAGAUAGUUCAACCCCUUGGUGGCAACGCAAGAAUGCCAGAAUAACAGAAAUUGAACCUGAGAAUGAAAAGAAGUUCGGAUCUACUGCUGCACCAACCGAGGUACGACCAGUUCAACGAUCCUGGGUUCCUCCCCAGCCACCUCCACUAGUAAAGCCAGAAGCAGUUGUUGCCAUCCGACAACCUAAAAAGCCUUUGUUUCAGAAAGAAAAGCUGACAGAUGAUGAGUUGAUGGAUCGUUCCUCUGAAAUAUCGGAUGACUUGAAGAGGAUUACAAAAAUCUCCGAAUCGGGUGGUCUCACCGAAGCUAAUGACUCAAGUUCUGGGCGACAGUUGAGUGAGGCACCUAUUACAAUUGGAUCGGGUGGACUCACUGAAGCUAAUGGCUCAAGUUCUGGGCAACAGUUGAGUGAGGCACCUAUUACAAAUGGAUCGGGUGGUCUCACCGAAGCUAAUGGCUCAAGUUCUGGGCAACAGUUGAGUGAGGCACCUAUUACAAAUGGUGACAAUGUCUUGAGCAGUUAAAGAAUCUCUUAUUGUACCUGUCCUAAGGUUUGGUUAUUGGGUCUUGAGGUUUAUCACAAUCUUGUAAGUACAUGUCAUGGAUGAACUCAAGUUUCUAAUGCUUCCAUUGUACUUCUAGGUUGAAAUUAAGAAUUAUACGUCUUAAACUUGCUCUUAUGGGCAAAAGAGAAACUGAAUACCAAAAGCUUACUUGCAAUUACCACUCCACCCCCAAAAGAAAAGGAGGCUACUUAUUUUGAUUUU